CCUGUACCUGUUCUGACGUAUAAAUUGGCCUGUGGCUGGUUGGAGUUUAUCAUUUUGGUAUAGAUUUACAAAAUGGUCGUUGAAGGGAAAAUGCAUGUUUGUAUCGCCGUGUUAUUGUGUAUUUUAUGGGCUGCUCGGUGCUCCAGCUACCGUAGUCAUUUCGAAGACACCAAAGAAGUCUUCCACAAACAACGUCCGAAAGCGGCUGUGUUUUACGAAAGAGUGUCAACGAAGUACCUCCAAAACGGCGCUUCUCCUGACCCGGCUCGGUACCGGAGCGCGGGCUGGGGCGUUUCUUCGCUGGCCACCGUCAAGGUGCGAUGCGGUCAAGCUAGUAUGGCCAUCAACAUCAGCGCCGAUCUCUUCAGUAACGGCCGCCGGGUCAGUGGCGGCGAUAUCCGGCUAGGACGGGACCCCGCCGCCUCGGGGGCUUGCAGACCGGCUGUAAACAUCGUUGCUUCUGCUUACUUUCUCAUUGACACCUCGCUGCAAGCAUGCGGAAGCUCUCUGCUUAUGACGUCAGACAAACUGGUCUACACCAACGUGCUGGUUUACUCUCCUUCUGCUAAUGACGUCAUCGUGAGAACCAACGGCGCCGUCAUCCCUAUCGAGUGCCACUAUCGGAGGAAACACAACGUCAGCAGCCAGGCGGUCAAGCCGACCUGGAUCCCGUUCAGCUCCACCCAGUCCGCCGGGAAUAUCCUGGAAUUCUCCCUUCGGCUCAUGAGCGAUGACUGGGUCACUCCCAGGAUCUCCAACGCGUUCUACCUGAACGACCCGGUCCGAAUCGAAGGCUCAGUCAGCACCCAGAACCACCUUCCCAUGAGGCUGUUCAUCGACCGCUGUGUGGCGACACUCCGCCCCGAGCAAGACUCCAGCCCGCGCUACGUCAUCAUCGACUACAACGGCUGCCUGGUGGACGGUUCUUCUCCCGACUCCAGCGCUGUGUUCCGCUCCCCGCGGAUCCAGCAGGAGACUCUGCAGUUCAGUGUGCCGGCGUUCCGGUUCCACAGGGAGGCGAGCAGCCUGAUAUACCUGACCUGUCACCUGAGGGUCACUGCAGUGGAUGCGUCCCCCGACUCUGCCAGCAAAGCCUGCUCCUUCAACAAGGCUGUGAACAGCUGGUCCGCAGUGGAGGGCUCUCCUGGGGUGUGUUCCUGCUGUCGGACUGGGAGCUGUCCGUCCUCCAGGGCUCGAGUGAGGAGGGACCUGCAGCCUGUGCUUGAGCUGACUGAAGCAGACGCUACUCUGGGACCCCUGGUGAUCCAGGACUCCUUCCCAGCAGAGGUGAUCCGGGAAUCCUUCCCAGUAGAGGAGACCCCAGGGCUGGGCGACCCCGUCUUCAGAGCGGAGGAGAGGAAGGGGGAAGGUUCUGCGGGCUCCAGCACGGUUCUGCUCGGUGCUGCUCUCUUGACUGCGGUGUCUCUCCUCAUCCUCUUCCUCCUGUACCGUAAACACAACCGCGUGGAAAGCGAAUGCUUGUGACUGAGAAAAUAAAAACUGUGGAGAGCGUCA